CAUAGUUAUCAACACAUUUGUCACACAAUUUUUCUCUUUUUGUCAACAUUUUCAGGACUAGUUUAUAAAAAAUUUAAGUUGAAAAGGAAACUUAUAAUUGUUCGUAGGAAGUCAAAUGACUUCCAAGAAAUAUCAUGGGUAGUAUUUGGCAGGAUUCCAUACCGUUGGAGUUGAUAUCGGAGAUAUUCAAAUAUUUGCCGAGGAAGGACUUGUACAGCUGCUACCACGUAUGCGAGAGGUGGAAAAGGGCAUUGGAUAAUGCCGAGUUAUGGACCAAAGUCACAAUUUACGUCGAUAGGGAUUUUGUCGAAAAAACUACUAGUACGCUGACAAGCCACUUCUUUAGGCACAUAAAGACUUUAGAAUUUGGUUGGCAUACACCAUUGGUCCACAACAGGUGGUUGCCUCUGAGAGUGCACGAUUUGACCAAGAAGGUGGUACAUUACAUUUUCUGCUUAAUCGAAGACAACGUCCAAAUUUCAUCGUUUAAACUGUUCGACUGGUUCGAACUAUAUCCUUUUAGAAAGAUCAUAUAUCACCUAGCAAGAUUUUUGAAAUACCAGACCAAGUUAAGGAAAUUGACAUUACACAAUUUGGUAUUGCCCAAAUCAGAGUACGUAAAGAUUUUUGAGUCAAGCAUCGGUUUAAACAACUGUCUCACAUACUUUGAAGUACACAACUAUUUCUAUAACUUCGACCCAAUAUUCGAUUCCGACAUGUUCGUGACAUACCUGUCUCGCUUGAGACGCCUGAAAGUACUCAAACUUGACUACAUCAUAUUGUCGAAGAACGGUGUGAUGGAUGUAAUAUUUGAAAGCGAGCAGCAGGAGAAGACAUUGGAACUUCUAGAGGUUAUUAUAGAUGACACGGAUAUUCGUAGUGAAGUUAUACCCAGCGUUAAGUGGAGAGAGUUUAAGAAACUUUGUCCUUAUGUUCACUUGUCCUUCGUUAUAAAAAAUAUUUGUUACUAUGAACAGCUCGAAUUUAUAUUCAUGAUGGGAGAAAUUCCGCUUAACUCAUUUUCAUUAGUAUCUGGAUAUAAACAUAACCAAUCACGGAGCAGAAACUUGCGAUUGACCCUGACGAAGAUGGUAGAAAAGUGUUAUAAAACUUUAGAAUAUGUCAAGCUGGAUCUUAGAAAUAACAAAGAAAACUUGGAAAGCAUCCUACUGAGAAUAAUAUAUCAAUGCGCGAGAUUGAAAAGGCUGGUUUUUGAUGGUAUCAUUCACGAGAACAUGGAGCUGUUCUAUGAGAUUUGCUUAUAUCAUGAAAGCGCACGAGGCCUUAGUGUUAAAAUACUGCCCCAUAAGUAUAAAUCCCUAAUGAAUAUCGUACACAUCUAUGCGUAAGGUAGAUUAUCCUAAGCCAGGGUAAAUACUCGAAAAAUUUUUGGCGAUGGGAAGAAUCCUGAAUACUUUGUUAUGUGGAUGUCAUUUGGCUUCCAUUUGAAGUACAGAUAAUGUCAAGGGUAAGGGAAAUGUCUAUCGUGUCUGUAAUGAUCGUAGAAUUAAUUCUAGUGGUUUUAAAAUAAAUCCUCAGUAUCAUAAA